CGCUGCGAUUGGCCGGCGCAAUUCCAAGCGGUUGAGGCUCUUCAUUCGAAGGCCAGCGCAGAGAGGCCGCCCGACUCCGACCUUGGCUGCUGCUGCAUGCGAUGAGAACAGGCCCGCUUGCAAACGCGCUCUUCCGAGCGAACCCGGCCAUGCGCGGCUCGACGACGCCAGCCUCGUCGACGACCUCGACGACACCCGCUUUGGCAUCGGGCCCAGCGACGGCGACCGCGCGAAGCCUUGCGCACCUGCCGCCGUCACAGCCAAACCUAAUCUCUCGCGAGCGCCAUCCCGUAUGCCUUCGUGAUAGUCUCCCGGCAGCGCGGCCGCGCCUGGCGUACGUGGCGCCGCCAAAAGCGACGCCGACACCGCCGGCGCCACCGGCGAUCGACAACCCGUUCAGCGACUGGGUCGACUACCGUGCGCCUGUACGCCCACCCAACCCAGCGGCUGACGACGACGACGAGGAUCUCCUCGAAGAUCUCGACGAAUUUGCGCUCGGGCCGCCACCGCCACCGGCGUUCCCGUGCCGGCUGUCACCACGGUACAGCGGCUGCAGUACCGACAGCGAAGGCGGCGGCGUCGACGACGAGCACUACCUCAUGACCCACGACAUGGGCCUCGGCUCGAGGCGGGCGAAAGCCAUCGAGCAGGCGCAGAGACAGUUUCGGUGCUACGAACUGGACUGUCUUCUCGACCACGACAAUGUCCCACCGCCGAUGCUCCAUCGAGAGCAGGCGCAGCUCUUUGUGAGCCAAGAGCUCGUGCCGCUGGCGUGUCAAAAGUGCGGGCGCAUCGAGUUGGUCGCCAUUACGUACUGACGACGAGCUGUCUGUGGAUUUAAGUUAUGGCAAAAACCCGCGGGACGGGUGUGAUAACAGUUGUCGGAGGCAACAACUACGAUGAUCAAUAUUACAACUGCCGUCCCUUGAUUGCA